AUGUUAAGUGGGCAGUUAGCAAUUAAACUCUCGGGAAAAAUUUUGACCUCUGGUAGCGACGUGGUGGCGACAAAAAGGCAGAGAGCGAAAAGCCCUGAGCCGGGGUCGCGACUCGCGAUGACAGUUCACCACCAGAGUCACCACGUAGCUGCGUUGAAUGGGAUCACCGUGCAAGCCGGGGCCGGAGGGUUGAAUCUCACCCGGAUGCCGGGUCUCGAGGCACACAGGUUAGAAAGUGACAGGCUGAGCUUGGACUCGAGGGCGGAUGUUAUCAAUAAUAAUAAUAGUCAUAACCUUAGUUUGAGUCUGAGUGGAAAUCACGGGGACCGGGCGGAUAAUGCCUCUACGACGAUGCCGCACAGGUCGAGGUUCAUGAUCACCGAUAUCCUGGCCGACGCCUCCAGUCCCGCGUCCUUGCAAUGCCAGGAGCCACCCUUGAGUCCGCCGGCUGCUCCAAGGGACCUCAGUGUUCGCCCGGGGAAGAAUUCUGGGGGUCUCAAGAGGAAAAGGGACGAGGACAGUGAUGCCAGUCACCACGAUGCCACUUCUAUGUCUUCCAAUGGUGUUAAAGAGGAACACGAUCAAAAAGAGUCUUCUUCAAGUUCCCAAAACUCACCGCCAAGUAAAAAGCAGCGCAAAGCGCGGACGGCGUUCACAGACAACCAGCUCCAAACACUCGAGAAGAGUUUUGAGCGGCAAAAGUACCUGAGCGUUCAGGAUCGGAUGGAGUUAGCGGCCAAGUUACAAUUAACGGAUACGCAGGUCAAAACGUGGUACCAAAAUAGAAGAACAAAAUGGAAAAGACAAACGAUAGUUAGCUUCGAAAUCCUUGCCGAGGCGAGUAAUUACGUUUCCUUCGGAAAUGUGUACGCCGGUCGGGCUGGUAUGCCGACGCAGCCUUCCUACUGGUACCCUGGAGCACCAGUAGGAGUACCUCCACCAAAUGAGCUCUUCUACAGACAAGCAUCAGCCGCAGCCGCAGUAACGCUGCAGAAACCGAUGCCUCACCGAUUUUACCCGCCGAUGCAAAUGCUUGCCGGUCCUAGUGCAAAUGUUCCCCUGGGAAACCUCGCGGCCAGCUCGAGUCUCUCCAGCCUUAGCAGCUACUACAACCGCGAAAGCCCGGAGAUAAUGCCGGACCGAGAACGGGAACGGGAACGGGAACAUCUCGAACGAGUAGCGCUCAGGGCGAGGAGCAAAAGCCUGGAAAGGAGUCCUCCGCCUCGGGAUGACAGUCCGCAAAGUAAUCGCAAUGACAGCGACGAUGAAAGCAUCAAUGACAUCUAG